GUGAGAGAGAGAGAGAGAGAGAGAGAGAGAGAGAGAGAGAGAGAGAGAGAGAGAGAGAGAGAGAGAUCUGUGGACGUGCCGACGAUAGGAGCGUGGUGCACUGAUGAGAGAAAGCACCACGCGGCGGCAGGAGGGAAGGGAUGCAAGGGUCAGUGAUAUCCCCGUCAACAUCGCAGGCGCAAGCAGCACAGCGGACACCCGGGGGAGGAGAAGCACGCAACGUGUUGCCAUGUAGCGGUUCUCCCACAUCUGCUACCCACUCAAGCCAGGGGGGUAACUUGGCGCAAUUUCCAUCAGCCAGCGGAGUCAGCGGACAUGCGCAUUACUUGCCCCGCAUGUCCGAUGGAGUAUCGGUGGGGCGUUCGCCGCCGCCUGGAGGUGGACGGGCCACAGUGUCUUCCCCACAAAGCUACACUGUGACAUCGUUGAGUGGCGGAGGUGCAGAAGCGCAUCAAGCGGCGCAGUCUCAGGCACACAGAGAGAGAGGGGGGGAUGGUGUUGGGGCCAGCAAUGAUGGAGGAGGAGGCAGGGUUGUCACGGCAGCUACCGAUUGCGCACGUGUAGGAGGAGGAGGAGGAGGAGGAGGAGGAGGAGGAGGAGAGGGGAGAGGUGGAAUGGAUGGGGUGGGUGUUGCUGUCGAUGGCAGUGGCAGUGGCGACGGUACCCCGCCGCCAAUAGUUCGGGGAAGCAUGAAAGUGGAACCUGGAGACUCUCCAGGAGACAGGGAAAGUUGUACCGAUGUGUUCGAACGGGAUGACACGAUGCUUGUGCAAAUGUGGUACACAGACUCUUCAGAAAAACGGGAUGAUCGUCUGCCUGCUUGUGUUGUCGUGAACGGAGGCUGCCUGCUCUUUUUCGGGCUAAUGUUGUCUGCAAUGACUCUGCAUGUUUGUGACGGGUUGGUGAUUGCAUGGUUUGCAUUACCUGAUCGGGCUGUGCGGUCGUGGAUGGAGGGAGGGGUUACCUCUCAGCAGAUGAAGUUCAAGAAUCAGGGCAACAACAAGGAGAACUGGAAGAUUGUGGCGGCUCGAAUGUCCGAAAACGGGUUCAAGCGGUCCAGCGAGCAGUGCCGGAAGAAGUUUGAAAGAAUCUGGAGGAAGUUUCAAGAUCUCAAGGCAGACAACGAACGCAGCGGCGGUCUCGAGUUCAAAGGGCAUGGAGCUGGUUUUCCUCACGUCUACGAUUUAAUCGUGAGCUCGCCGAUGGUGAUCAUGCGCAGCAACCACCCGUCACGAAGUGCCGCCGACUUGUUUCACUCUGAGAUCCAAGAGGUGGCGGUGCCUGCAGCACUUGCUCCUGCUCCUCCUAUUCACGCUCCUCCGACCUUGGCAAUGCCAAAGACGCCGCGAUGCCCAACCUUCAGUGCAGUUCGGAGCCCGGGUGCAGAUGUACCUGCUGGGUUAGAUGAGGAGGGCGGCGGCCUUGGGUGCCAGGCGACACCCGGAACACUGGUUAUCAGGAUGCCGCUUGCCAGGUGCACCGAAGCCGUGGAGGGAGAGAGGCACGACGCUCAGACGGGGAACGAAGGGACGGGCGAUGUAACGGAAACUGGUCGUCCCUCCGAUGACCUGGACGGAGACCGCGGGCGAGACGGGGGGAGCGUAAAGAAGGGCAAACUUGGAGGUGCGAAGUCGCGGCAAGCGCUGAUGGAAACAAUGAUGGGAUUGCUGGCCGAGAUGGACAAGAAGUUUUGGGACAGUUACGACGACCGCGUACGUCAGCAGUCGGAAUCGCAACAAAAGCGCGACGAAAUGGAGGCUAUGGAAAGACGGGAGACAAACUCGAUUCUCCGCUCUCUAGUCGAUCGACUGAUCAAGGAAGGGGCAUCGAGUCACGGCACUGCCAAGGGUGCCCAAACUUGAGGGUGUCUGCUUUACAUGGCCAACGACCAAACUUCCGAUGGCGGUGAAAUUGCUAGCUGAUCCGCCCUCCUGGGAGGAGGGAGGGAUGCAGAGCAUAAGCAUCUGAUGUGCAGGGAGAGAAUUCACAUAUGCCGCAAUGAUGGUAUUCCUCCUCCUGAUUGCGCAGCUGGAUUCAAACUUGGCUCCGUAUUUCAACAAAGUUCGUUUGGUGUACCAACUGAGCUACUAGACCGAUUGCUGAAGAUCCUGCUCUUUGUUCAGGGGUAGGAAAUCUUGAUGGCAGCAGGCCUGGCAGUGCAGCAGGGCAAUGGAUAUGGACGGAAAUAUCUAUAAUGUUCAUACCCAUAUCAAUGGUUGGGCUGGAUGGAGAUGAUGGGAACUAUGGUCGGACCGAGUCGGGGAUUGAUAAUUUGAUAUGUAUGGGGCUACUGUGGCAUGGCCAAGUGCCACGCAGGCAUAUCCUUGAGUGAAACCAGCUCUGCAGCCAAGCAUGAACCUGACUGGGAAAAUGGCCAGGUUCGUGCGGGCGGAUCCUUGAGCGGAACCAUCUCUGUAGGCAAGCAACACGUCAACAUGUCCCAUUUCGUUUGCUUGACCGCCGGUGCUAUGUUUGUGCGCAGAACGCGUGAACCUGACUGGGAAAAAUGGCCAGGUUCGCACUAACAUUUCAGCACUGUCUGCUACACGGUGGCAUGUGACUGUCGAGGUGCAACGGUGUGUCAUUACGGUUUCCAUAAUCCUGAGUUAUGAAUGCCAAAAGAAAGCGAGAAAUGAAAGCAAGUCUAUGUG